AUGCGCUUUGCCGCUGCAGGCGCGGCCGGUCUUGGAGUCACCUCGGCCAUGGCCCAGUCGCGAGGACUCGAGGCGACAUCGGCGUCGUCCUCUUCCUCGCUGCCGUCCAGCACGUCCUUCGUCUUCGACGGCACCAACUCCGACAUCGCCCAGCAGCUCUACAUCCGCCACAAAGCGGGCGACACUGACGCCAAACUUUCGCUCAACUCCGUCCCCGCUGCGGUAACUCAACGCCUUAACCGAUUCAACAUCGCCUUCGACGACCUGCCUGGACUUGUCCAGCGUGCCGUGCUGUGGGACUCGGGCUUCGCCAUCUCGCCCGACAACGACCCCGUGCAGAUCUGGACCAUGGACGACUACACCAUGGCGGAGCUGGCCGUGCCCAAGGCGCAAGUCAGCGGCCAGGGCUGCACGUUCAAGAACUGCUCGCAGCCGAACGACGUGACCGCGUACUACACGUUGAUCUGCUCGGGCGACCAGAUGCUGAACGUGUCGAGGUGCGUCGCGGACACGUUCGAGGACUCCGCUGCGACCAGCUACAUGGGAUCCAUGUGGUCCGUAGGCGGCGGCCCCAACGCGACACCACAGCUUCGACUUCGCAACCACGCGUGGAAGGACCCCGUCACCAAGGAUUCCUACAGCGUGUACGCUAUCCACACCGUCUCGAACGCCGACGAUCCGGCCUGGAACGUGUGUCCUGCAGACGACGGCUACGCGGCGUUGACGGUGCCUUGCCAUAGAAGGGAUGAGUUCACGGACGCGGAGAUGGAGGCGAUGACGAAACCCACGGGGAGCGCGUGGGUCACGACGUGGUUGAAAGAGGAGUUCGGCGAGAGCUCAGGCUUCAACACUUUGCUGCUGAUUCCGAUCAUCUUGGGCGCCGUCGUCGUGAUCGCAGGGGCGAGCGUUGCCUGGUUUUGCUGGAGACGCAGAGCCAAGGUCAAGAUCGAGGAGGAGACCAUGUCCACCACGUGCGACCUGGUGGGGGUAUCCCCGCAGUAUCGAGCUGAAAACUCCGUGCCUCGACCCACAGUCACCGCCAGUACACCCGCCAAGCAUCGCGCGACAACCUUGACUAGCCGACUCACCACGCUGGGGUCGUCCUUUUCCAGCCUCGCGGAAGCCUAUGAGAGCCCCGGGUCCUGCAAGACGUUGAAGAUCCUGCUCAGCAGCCAGCACCUGGUGGAGAGACGUCUUCAGUAUGAGAACAUCACGUUCCAAUCUGCACUGUCAAAGGGGUCCUCGGGCGAAGUCUGGGUCUGCGAGCACGACGGCCAGCAGGUCGCAGUCAAGAGACUGCUUCAGACCAAGAACCAAAAGGCAGAGAACGUCCUCGAGUUCGCCGAAGAGGUCGAGCUCACCGCCAGUCUUGACCACCCGAAUAUCGUCGGAUUCGUCGGCGUGGCCUGGAACACGCUCAACAAUCUGCUGCUGGUGCUCGAGUACGUUCCCAUGGGCAGCUUGCAGACGUAUCUCCAGAAGAACGCAGACCUCUUGUCGUGGGCGCGUGAUAAAGUCCACAUGGCCGUCGGGAUCGCGAAAGCGCUCGAAUAUCUUCACGGACACACGCCGGCCUUGAUCCAUCGCGAUCUCAAGUCAAAUAAUAUCUUGCUGACCGACAGGCUUGAGCCCAAGCUCAUCGACUUUGGCGUGAGUCGCGGGACUGUGGAGCUCACUAUGACGGCAGGUGUCGGCACGCCGUACUGGACCGCGCCUGAAAUCCUCGAGGGCAAGCGGUACACGGAGCAGGCAGAUAUUUAUUCGUUCGGCGUGGUGUUGUCGGAGCUGGACACGGGCAGGAUUCCGUACCACGACGCGCUGACCGAGGGAGGAGGCAAAGCGAAGCCCGUCCAGAUCCUGCAAGACGUCGUGUGCGGCACUCUGCGUCCAACCUUCACCAAAGAUUGUCCUCCUCGGAUCCUCCGCGUUGGCUCGGCGUGCUUGGCACAGGAUCCGUCGAGCCGUCCGACGGCAGAGCAGCUCAUCCAGGAGCUGCAGGGCAAGAGCACCGACGAGCACGAGUACUCCUUGUAA